UUCGUGGGGCGCCUUGGGAACCGGCAUGGUGCGCUGGUGGCAGGCGCUCACGCGCGCCGCCGGGCGUUACCCUUGGCCAGCGAACGUACUGCUUUACGCCGGGUUCUUCUCGGGCGGCGACGCGCUGCAGCAGCUGCUGCGGGGCGGCCCGGCCGACUGGCAACAUACGCAGCACGUGGCUACCGUGGCCGUGGCCUUCCACGCGAACUUCAACUACGUGUGGCUGAGCCUGCUGGAGCGCGCGCUGCCUGGGCGCGCGCCGCGCACUAUCCUGGCCAAGGUGCUGUGUGACCAGGCGCUGGGCGGGCCGGUGUACGUCUCUACCUUCUACGCCGGUAUGAGUAUUCUCCAGGGAAAGGAUGACAUAUUUUUGGACAUGAGACAGAAAUUCUGGAAUACGUAUAAGAGUGGUCUGAUGUACUGGCCUUUUGUACAGCUGACCAACUUCAGCCUCAUUCCCGUUCGCUGGCGAACAGCUUACACUGGACUCUGUGGUUUUCUGUGGGCCACCUUCCUCUGCUUUUCACAACAGGAUGGUGAUGGCACCUUCAAAUCAGCUUUUACUUUCCAUCGUACAAAGGGGACAAAUGAAGUUGAAAGGCCCCCAGAGAAAUGACAAGUCAAGAACUCCCUGAAAGGGACUAAUUUUUUCCCCUUAAACACGGGCAAUUGCCUGCAGAUAAAAUACUCUGCUUAUCAGUUACCUGCUCCCUUUUGAAGAUUUACUUUCCUAUAGACCUGACUGCUUUUUAAUUAGCAAUGAUAACUUUCAAUUUUAUCCAAAUAUCCUUUUUUUCCCCAUUCUAAUCUGAAGGUAUUAAUUCUCUAAUAUCUUCACUUCUCUAAUGGUGGUGGUGCUCAGUUGUGUCCGGCUCUUUGCGACCCCAUGGACUGUAGCCUGCCAGGCUCGUCUCUCAGUGGAAGUUUCCAGGCAAGAAUACUGGAGUGGGUUGCCAUUUCCUACUCCACUUUGACUCCUCUACUGCCUUGGUUAAUAUCAAUGAUAGUGGCAAAGUGGCAUUUUAUAAUCAUUACUAUUUCUGGUCUAAUAUUUCAUUGCCGGUUGAUGUAGAAAACCCCCAUUUUGAUGGUAUACAUCUCUUCUAAAAAUCUCAGGUUGUCUCCUAAACACUUUUGGAUCAGAUUAUUUUUUAUACCAAAAAUUGUCCU